UAUGCAGCUCACUCAGUAAAACCCAGUCAUGAGAAAUACUGCAGAUGAUAGUAGAAGCCAUUUCGAAGCACUGCAAUAUAAGGAAGCAGGUACUGGCACAGCGCGAGGACUUCACAGGCUCAGGACAAUGCACUGUGCUGCCACGCUGGCACGGGCAAGAGAAUUGCUUCAGUGAAGGUAAAGCAGCAAAGGCAACAGCGUAUUUUCCAGGGAAGGCAAACUAAACUGAAACCAAGGCAGUCUGCAUCAGUCUACAGUCUAGGGAGUGGUGCAAAAAAUCCCAUUACCACCCACCUGAAGAGGUCUCCAAACUUGCUUCUCAGGUGACUACAGGACACGUACAGAUCAUAGAGAAGAAACAAAAGCAGAAGCACUGAGACCGUCACCUGGAAUUUGCUGCUGUCUCUGGCUAAGAAACCAGUUCAAAGCAGAGGAAGGUCUAAGUCUUAGAACUGGGAUGCACAGCUGCUCCUCCAGCCUCUGCUUGGUCCGUGGGAUUUACACAUGAACACUCCUGCCUGCUCAUGUGGUGAAGAGCCAGAGGAAUUGCGAACGACCCUCUGUCAGCAACACUAGCUUCCCAUUGCAGGAAAUACCCAAGCGUUUCAUCGCUUCUCAACAGUGCACAACGGAGGGGGGAAAAGGCAAAGUACAAAUGAAACCCACAGCCAACUUCAGCUACUCUAGAAACAACACCAACUGUACCAGCGAUAACAAAAUCAGUCAAGUAAUUUUUCCUUUGCUUUAUACGGUUUUGUUCCUGGUGGGUAUCACCAUGAAUGGCCUGGCAAUGUGGGUCUUUUUUAAAAUAUCCAGUAAAUCCAAUUUCAUCAUCUUCCUCAAGAACACUGUAAUUUCUGACAUCCUCAUGAUCCUGACUUUUCCAUUUAAAAUCCUUAGCGAUGCAAAGUUGGUAUCAUGGGUACUGAGAGGAUUUGUGUGCCAGGUCACCCAGGUUGUAUUUUACUUCACCAUGUACAUUAGCAUUUUGUUUCUUGGUUUAAUAACUAUCGAUCGUUAUCAGAAAGCUGCUUCGCCGUUCAGAACAUCAACACCAAGGAGCCUUUUAGGUGCCAAGAUCCUGUCCACAGCAAUUUGGGUAUCAAUGUUUGCUCUUUCAUUACCCAACAUGAUUCUAACGAACAAGAAGAAAACGCCUAAGAAUGUAAAAAAGUGUGCUCUCUUGAAAUCUGAGUUUGGCUUAGUCUGGCAUGAAAUCGUAAAUUAUAUUUGUCAACUUAUCUUCUGGAUUAAUUUAGCAGUCAUAGUUAUAUGCUACAUACUCAUAAGUAGAGAACUGUACAAAUCCUAUAAAAGGACAAGAUGCAUAGGAAAAGCAUCCAAAAAGACUGUAAAUCUGAAGGUUUUCAUCAUUAUCGCAGUGUUCUUUAUUUGUUUUGUGCCAUUCCACUUUACUAGAAUCCCCUACACAUUGAGCCAAACAAGAGAUGUUUUUGAAUGCUCUGCUCAGAACACUUUGUUUUACUUGAAAGAGAGCACGCUGUGGCUGACAUCACUAAAUGCCUGCCUAGAUCCAUUCAUAUAUUUUUUCCUCUGCAAAUCAUUUAGAAAGUCCUUGCUAGACAUGCUGUGCAAGUACACAGCAUCAUCAGAACUCAGAGCACGGAUAAAGAAGCAGAACGAAGGAGAUGACACAGAUGAGACACCACUCUAGAGCUAAGAACUACGGAUACCCCUUCUUGGCCACAUACGUUUAUUAGUGGGCAGAAGCAGCACAAAUCCUGUAGAAGAAUAUCUAGAAUUUCACCGACUACUUUUGA